AUGGACAUCGACAUCCCGCCGGCGACUAAGAGAGGCCCCGAGCCGCUUUUCACUCCCUUCUCUCUCGCUUCUUGCGCUUCCGCCAGCGCCGCGUCUUCCCCUCCGUUCCCCAGCUCUUGCGCAGAAGCGCCGCGCACGGAGUACCCGCCGCCUUCCUCCUGCGCAAGCAGAGUUUUGCUCAGCUCCUGUUCUGCCUCUUCUUUUUCGCGCUGGUUGCCCUCUUCUCGCCGCAGCGCCUCCACAGGCACGUCGGGUCUGCGCAGCCCGUCCUCAUUCUGCUCUUCGUUUUUUUCUCCGUCGCCUCCUUCGGAUGACUCCGUCGCCGCGUCUGCGGGCCUUUGCCGCGGCAGGGAAGCUUCUUCUCACUUCGCAUCUGCGACGCCCUUCGCUUCCUCCCGCGCGCACGCGGCCGACGGCGAGCGGCCGCUGGCUCAUCACGCCUCCUCUCGCCCGUCACAGUUUUCUGCACUAGCUCGAGAGCCACGCAUCCCUCCUGGCGUCUUUAAACAGCAUCGCCACCCCCUUUUCCAGCCCGCCAACCGCCUCGCUUCGUCCACGGGCGUGCAUGCACCUGCGCCGCACUCGGCAGGGGCGCGAGGCGACGCGCCGGUCUCCGCUUUUCUGCAGUCCUGGGAAACGCGCGACUGGGGAACCUCUCGUCGCGCACCCGUCGGGACUCCAGCACGAGGUUUUACGGGGGAGAGAUCCGCGGAGAUCGCCACAGUCUCGUGCGCGUAUCCGCGAGGCGGCGAGGAGUUUUUCGACGCGCGCGAGGAAGCUGAGGAGGAGUUGAAUUUGGCGACUGUCCCUUCCGCCGAAAAGGGAGGCUGGGUUUCGUCGGAGGCGCGCUGCUGGCGCACGCCUGUAGGGGACGGCGCUUCGUCUGCAGCGGAGGGGGCCGUGCGCGUGCGCGAGGAGUCGGUCUCAGUGGAGGCGCAGGCUCAUCUGCGCUUCCUCCUCUCGGGCUCCACGCAGCCCGCUGCGACCGCGCACGGGGAAGGGCGAGCUGGCGAGGGGACAUGGGUGAAAAGGGAGCCGGAAGGGGAAGAUGGCGAUGAGCGCCGCCUCGGGCGCCAGGCCUUCAUUUCGCUGCUGGAAGAGGAAAACAGGAAACCAGGGCACAAGGGAGCGUACCUCCCGGAUGUCUCCUCGUCUGCUCGCUUUCUCGAGGAGCGAGGCGAAGCCAAGAUAGAAAACUCAGUUCCACCGGCCUUCGCAGCUGCUGGAAAUGAGCCUUGCACAGAGGCGAAGGCGCUGCGAAUCCACGCGAAGAGCCAGAGGACGCAGGAGUUACUUACCGACGUGCGACGCCGCGCCCAAGCCAUCGCUCGCGACGCUCACAAGCCCCUCGACGCCUACCGAGCCUACACGAUCUCCCUGCAGGAAAAACUGCAACUGGUGAAGGAGCGGGAGCGGCAGGCGAAGACGCUCACCGAGGGCCUGGCGCAGCGCAGGGAGCUCCUGCAGUCGAGGCUCAAGGUGCCCCCCCCUCCGCCGCUGCCGCUCGUGCCUGUGCGGUGGAACCGUGAGACGCCCAUGCACUGUGACGACGAGGAGCUCGUGGCUGCGCAAGCCCUGCUGAGGUGCUCAGAUCCUAACGCAGUCCUCAUCGACAAGUUCAACAUCGGCCUUACAGCGGGACAGCUGGAGUGUCUGUACGGCUCGAACUGGCUGAACGACGAGGUCAUCAAUUUCUACAUGCAGAUGCUCCAGGAACGCAACGAGAAGCAGCGCGCAUUAGGACAGAAGAUCUGGAAAAUUUUUUUCUUCAACACUUUUUUCUACGCGAAGCUGACCGGAGGGAACAGCGCAGACGUCACCUACGACUAUGCCUCUGUCAAGAGAUGGACGAAGCGGCAGAACGUUGACAUUUUCGCGGUCGAUCUCGUUUUGGUUCCUCUGCAUGUGAAUCGGCUGCACUGGACUCUCGGAGUUGUGGACAUGCGGCAAGAGAAGAGAAAGAUCUACUUCUUUGAUUCCCUAGGGGGGAAGAACAAAACGUGGUUUCUCACGAUGCGACGCUAUUUGCAAGAUGAGCAUCUGGACAAACGCGGAAAGCCGCUGGAGGACGUGGAAGAGUGGUUCGUUCCCGAGGACUUCUCGUCUGAGAAAUAUACGCCGCAGCAGGAGAACGGAUUCGACUGCGGCGUCUUCAUCUGCCAGAUGGCGGAGUGCAUCACCGACGGAAGGAGUUUCGACUUUUCUCAGAAAAAUAUUCCUCAGAUUCGUGCCAAGAUGGCGCUGCAAAUAGUUAGCGGCGAGCUAAAUCCUUGA